AGAACCUGGUGUCGCGGUCGUACUUCGAUCCGCGCGAGGCGUAUGGCUCGGGCGGCGGCAAGGAGCGACGGCGCGCGGCGCUGGCGGCGGCGCUGGCGGGCGAGGUGUCCGUGGUGCCGAGCUCGCGCCUGCUGGCGCUGCUGGGCCAGGCGCUCAAGUGGCAGCAGCACCAGGGCCUGCUGCCGCCGGGAACAACUAUCGAUUUGUUCCGGGGUAAAGCAGCCAUUAGAGAUGAAGAAGAUGAUCAGUGCCCAACUCAGCUAUCAAAAAUUAUAAAAUUCGGCCAAAAAUCUCAUGUGGAAUGUGCUAGGUUUUCACCGGAUGGACAGUACUUGGUUACGGGUUCAGUGGAUGGUCUGGUGGAGGUGUGGAACUUCACGACGGGCAAGAUCCGCAAGGACCUGCGCUACCAGGCGCACGACGAGUAUAUGAGCAUGGAGGAGGCCGUGCUCAGCCUCGCCUUCGGUCGCGACAGCGACACGCUGGCUGCCGGCUCCAUCGACGGCAAAAUCAAGGUGUGGAAGGUGUCGACGGGGCAGGUGCAGCGCAAGCUGGAGCGCGCGCACACGAAGGGCGUCACGUGCCUGCAGUUCACGCGCGACAACACGCAGAUACUCUCCGCCUCCUUCGACCGCACAAUACGGAUUCAUGGGCUGAAGUCGGGUAAGCUGCUGAAGGAGUUCCGCGGGCACACGUCGUUCGUGAACGAGGCGGUGUUCACACCGGACGGGCACGGCGUGCUGAGCGCGUCGUCGGACGGCACCGUGCGACUGUGGAGCGCGCGCUCGGCCGAAUGCACGGCCACCUUCAAGCCGCUGGGCUCCGGCGAGCCGCCCGUCAACUCGCUGCUGCUCACGCCCAAGAACCCCGAGCACUUCGUGGUGUGCAACCGCACCAACACCGUGGUCAUCAUGAACAUGGCGGGCCAGAUCGUGCGCUCGCUGUCCAGCGGCCGGCGCGAGGCGGAGGGCGGCGCCUUCGUGUGCGCGGCUCUUGGGGCCCGCGGCCGCCUGCUGUACUGCGCCGGCGAGGACCUGGUGUUGUACGCCUUCUGUGCGGCCAGCGGCAAGCUGGAGCGCACCAUCAACGUGAGUACCGUGCCCGUCCGCCUGCAUACUGUACUGUACUGCGCCGGCGAGGACCUGGUGUUGUACGCCUUCUGUGCGGCCAGCGGCAAGCUGGAGCGCACCAUCAACGUGAGUACCGUGCCCGUCCGCCUGCAUACUGUACUGUACUGCGCCGGCGAGGACCUGGUGCUGUACGCCUUCUGUGCGGCCAGCAGCAAGCUGGAGCGCACCAUCAACGUGAGUACCGUGCCCGUCCGCCUGCACACUGUACUGUACUGCGCCGGCGAGGACCUGGUGCUGUACGCCUUCUGUGCGGCCAGCGGCAAGCUGGAGCGCACCAUCAACGUGAGUACCGUGCCCGUCCGCCUGCACACUGUACUGUACUGCGCCGGCGAGGACCUGGUGCUGUACGCCUUCUGUGCGGCCAGCGGCAAGCUGGAGCGCACCAUCAACGUGAGUACCGUGCCCGUCCGCCUGCACACUGUACUGUACUGCGCCGGCGAGGACCUGGUGCUGUACGCCUUCUGUGCGGCCAGCAGCAAGCUGGAGCGCACCAUCAACGUGAGUACCGUGCCCGUCCGCCUGCUGCGCACUGUACUGUACUGCGCCGACGAGGACCUGGUACUGUACGCCUUCUGUGCGGCCAGCGGCAAGCUGGAGCGCACCAUCAACGUGAGUACCGUGCCCGUCCGCCUGCUGCACACUGUACUGUACUGCGCCGGCGAGGACCUGGUGCUGUACGCCUUCUGUGCGGCCAGCGGCAAGCUGGAGCGCACCAUCAACGUAAGUACCGUGCCCGUCCGCCUGCUGCAUACUGUACUGUACUGCGCCGACGAGGACCUGGUGCUGUACGCCUUCUGUGCGGCCAGCGGCAAGCUGGAGCGCACCAUCAACGUUAGUACCGUGCCCGUCCGCCUGCUGCACACUGUACUGUACUGCGCCGACGAGGACCUGGUGCUGUACGCCUUCUGUGCGGCCAGCGGCAAGCUGGAGCGCACCAUCAACGUGAGUACCGUGCCCGUCCACCUGCUGCACACUGUACUGUACUGCGCCGGCGAGGACCUGGUGCUGUACGCCUUCUGUGCGGCCAGCGGCACGCUGGAGCGCACCAUCAACGUGAGUACCGUGCCCGUCCGCCUGCUGCACACUGUACUGUACUGCGCCGACGGGGACCUGGUGCUGUACGCCUUCUGUGCGGCCAGCGGCAAGCUGGAGCGCACCAUAAACGUGAGUACCGUGCCCGUCCGCCUGCUGCACACUGUACUGUACUGCGCCGACAAGGACCUGGUGCUGUACGCCUUCUGUGCGGUCAGCGGCAAGCUGGAGCGCACCAUCAACGUGAGUACCGUGCCCGUCCGCCUGCUACAUACUGUACUGUACUGCGCCGGCGAGGAUCUGGUGCUGUACGCCUUCUGUGCGGCCAGCGGCAAGCUGGAGCGCACCAUCAACGUGAGUACCGUGCCCGUCCGCCUGCUGCACACUGUACUGUACUGCGCCGACGAGGACCUGGUGCUGUACGCCUUCUGUGCGGCCAGCGGCAAGCUGGAGCGCACCAUCAACGUGAGUACCGUGCCCGUCCGCCUGCUGCACACUGUACUGUACUGCGCCGGCGAGGACCUGGUGCUGUACGCCUUCUGUGCGGCCAGCGGCAAGCUGGAGCGCACCAACAACGUGAGUACCGUGCCCGUCCGCCUGCUGCACACUGUACUGUACUGCGCCGACGAGGACCUGGUGCUGUACGCCUUCUGUGCGGCCAGCGGCAAGCUGGAGCGCACCAUCAACGUGAGUACCGUGCCCGUCCGCCUGCUGCACACUGUACUGUACUGCGCCGGCGAGGACCUGGUGCUGUACGCCUUCUGUGCGGCCAGCGGCAAGCUGGAGCGCACCAUCAACGUGAGUACCGUGCCCGUCCGCCUGCGCACACUGUACUGUACUGCGCCGGCGAGGACCUGGUGCUGUACGCCUUCUGUGCGGCUAGCGGCAAGCUGGAGCGCACCAUUAACGUGA